GAUGACCGGCGGCCGGCGACUCGCUUUCCAAAAUGGCGGCCGCGAUGGAUGUGGAUACCCCCGGCGGCACCAACAGCGGCGCCGGCAAGAAGCGCUUUGAAGUGAAAAAGUGGAAUGCAGUAGCCCUCUGGGCCUGGGAUAUUGUGGUUGAUAACUGUGCCAUCUGCAGGAACCACAUUAUGGAUCUGUGCAUAGAAUGUCAAGCCAACCAGGCAUCAGCCACCUCCGAAGAGUGCACGGUCGCAUGGGGCGUCUGCAAUCACGCCUUUCACUUCCACUGUAUCUCCCGCUGGCUCAAAACACGGCAGGUGUGCCCGUUAGACAACCGAGAGUGGGAGUUCCAGAAGUACGGGCACUAGAAAAACGGAAGUCUUCAUCAAGAAAAACGUCCCUUUGUUAACCAUUCUGAUUGACUUUCCCUCCUGAGGGAACUUUUUGGAUUACGGAUUUGUUAACUCCACGUCUUCUGUGCACCGUCCUUUCCCUUUGGUUUUAAUAUAGCCGCACUGUAUUCUAUGUGAAAUAAAAUCAACCUGGAGCCCA